CUGCACAGAGCAAGUAGAGAAGAGAGUUUAUCACCUGAGUGCAUAAAUCUGUGCGCACCUGUGCGCUGUUACUGUGGCUGUUUCCGGUCAGUUUGGGCUUAGCUCGUGCUCACCUGUGCUCAGCAGGUAUCAUCUGGCUUUUCUUUUUUUCUUUUGGUGGAGACAGAGUGUUUUCCCCAGCGCACUGUGGAUGAAGACUCACUCUUUUGAUUUCUCCAUGGCAAGAAGACGCAGCAAUGUGUGCCUAGCAUGGCUGUGGCUCCUGCACCGACCACCCAGGGACCGGUAUGGCUUUUAGCCGCGUCAGUAAACUGGACCCACCAUCCCGAGGCAUCUUCAGGAAAGCGGUGGUCAUGCUGUGCUCCCUCCUCACCUCUGUCUUCCUCCUGCACUGCCUCGCCGACCGCUGCGGCACCACCUCGCCCUCACCGGUCAAAGCCUCCUCCGGCCGGGCUGCCGGGCUUUUCGAGGACCUGAGGACGCUGAGGACUAAGAGGCUGGUGUACGAAUGGACCGCCGGGUCGGAGAUGAUGGGCUACGGAGCCGCCAGGCGGUCCUCGCUGGUCCUCGCGGAUGAGCGCGCGAGGCAGGUUGUGGAUCUGCCCGAGGAGUCUCUCAUCCUGCCCCCUCCGGAUUUAGUUGCUUCCAGGAAAGUGUCGCCGAGGUUCGCAGGUAAACUCAGUCCGCUCGGGGAGGGGAGCAAGAAGCUGCCCCAGGCUCUCAUCAUCGGCGUGAAGAAAGGAGGCACCCGGGCUCUGCUGGAGUUCCUCCGGGUGCAUCCAGACAUCAGAGCCGUGGGAGCGGAGCCGCACUUCUUCGACCGCAACUAUGGGAACGGGCUGGAGUGGUACAGGGAGCUGAUGCCCAAGACCCUGGAGGGCCAGAUCACCAUGGAGAAAACACCCAGCUACUUUGUGACCAGAGAGGCUCCGGCCCGGAUCGCCGCCAUGUCCCGGGCCACCAAGCUGAUCGUGGUAGUGAGGGACCCGGUCACCAGGGCUAUCUCAGACUACACACAGACACUGUCUAAGAAGCCUGACAUUCCCUCUUUCGAGAGCCUCACCUUCAAAAACAGGACUACGGGGCUCAUCGAUACCUCAUGGAGCGCCAUCCAGAUCGGCAUCUACGCCAAGCACCUGGACAACUGGCUGCAGUACUUCCCCAUGGAGCAGAUCCUGUUUGUGAGCGGCGAGCGUCUGAUCAGCGACCCGGCCGGAGAGCUGGGCCGCGUGCAGGACUUCCUGGGGCUCAAGAGGAUCAUCACAGACAAACACUUUUACUUCAACCAGACCAAGGGUUUCCCGUGCCUCAAGAAGGCAGAGGGCAGCAGCAAGCCCCACUGCCUGGGCAAAACCAAAGGGAGGACCCAUCCGAACAUUGACCCUGAGGUGGUGCAGAGGCUACGGGACUUCUACAGGCCCUUCAACAUGAAGUUCUACCAGAUGACAGGGCGUUUUUUUGGCUGGGAUGACUGAAUGUGUUCUCUGUGACACUGAGAACACUACGGCGGACUAUUAGGACCACUCUGGGAGGAAAAAACAGAGAUUUUGAGAAAAAAGUCAUAGUAUUUCAGGGAAUGAUUUAUAAUUUUACAAGACUAAUUUACAAAAAAGAAUUCAUUUUAGUUAAAAAUAUUUUAUAUGUAUGUAUUUAUCGACAGUCAGGCAAUGCUAAAAUAUGCAUCUAAUCUAAUCUAGCCUAUUGAAUAAUGUUUUGGUUGUUAUAGUCUCAAACCUAUAAAAAAUUAUAACUUUAUUCUCAUAAUAUUAUGAUGUCUUCUAAUAGAUUUUUGAUUCCAUUCUGAGGCUUUAUUCUGGUAUAUGCCAAGAAAAUAAGAGAAUAAGGGGCAAGUAUUUGGUUGUUAUCAAAAUAGGAAGAGUGUUGUUUUAUUAUUUGGAGUUUUGUUUUUGUUUUUCAAAAUAUGGUAUUGUUUUCAUGUAAAACCAUGACUUUAUUCUUGUAAUGUGACUUAACUUUAACAGCCUUUUUAGAAAUAUUACAACUUGCUUCUCAAAAUCUUAUAUAUGUUUCUCCCCAACAGUGUCCAUAUUACUCUGUCAUAGAAAUCUGUCAUGGCCUCAGCACUAACCCUAAGCAAUAUGUGGCUGUUACAGGAGAGAAACAGGCCCAAUCUCUCUUCGGUGGCACCCAAGAUAUGCAAUCUUUCACUGUUACAUUUUUCAUCAACAGGGCUGCCUCUAAUCCACAAUCAUGGAGAUGUUUUCCUCUCAGAAAAGAUGAUUGAGUUGUUGAAGGAUUUGCGUCAUGUUUCCCUGCACUAUCUGAAGAAACAGUUUUGGGUUGUUUUUUUUUUAAGUUUGAAG